GAGCCCGUGGAGCCAUAAAGAGCUCGCUGUACCUGUCGUGCGCUCAGGUCGAUCCGGUUCAAGUAGGUUUUUGUGUUCCACUCUGGUUUCAGACUCUUCUCCCUCUCGCCUGUCUGAGCACGAGAGGAUCCUCCUGAUUGGCUGCAGCAAGGGAAACGCUUCUCCUUCAGCCCACCCACCUCUGAGUAUAGGGACUCUGUAGCUUCAGUCUGGUUCCUUCCUCGCAGUGAGUCUGUCCUGGACCUGGACCCGGGGCUGCACACUAUUACGCACACUCUCAGCGCGCGCACCAUGGCAGCUACCCACAGCGAGUACCGAGGCUACCUGAGGAACACCGUGGACAUGGAGGCCGGGCAGCACCGCUUCCACCCGGGGCAGAGCUCGGAGCCCACGUACCGACCCCUCCUGUUCGGGACUCUGGCUGUUAUGGGAUUGCUUCAGGUGGCUUCCAGUGUGGCGAUCUUAUUACACCUGACAGGGUAUCUCCAAGAGGUAGAUUUGUCCACAGCGCCGCAUCGACCCAUAGAGGAAGUGCAGACGGAGCCGGUGCUGAACGCUCUGAGAGACACGAGGAAAAACCGACGGUGCAAAUCAAAGGAGAGCCUGCCGUCGGCUCAUCUACCAAUCAAAACGCACCAAGAGUACGCAAAGAAAGAGGGCGAGAAGAAGGCCAUCACCAUCGACUGGGAAGAAGUUCACGCGUACCGCCACAAAAUGGACUACGAGAAGGGGAAGCUGCUGGUGAAGGAGUCCGGCUUCUACUACGUUUACGCCAAAACCUGCUUCCGCUACUACACGCUAACGCCGGAGGACAGCAGCAGCAGCCAGGCGGGCACGCCGGCGGUGGAUGUUAGCAACACGCAGCUCAUCCAGUACGUCUACCACGAGAGCAUCAAACAGAACAGCAAGGCGGUGCUGCUGAUGAAGGCAGGCAGCACCAUGCGCUGGAACAACAUGAGCUAUAACAUGUACUGCGCCCAGCAGGGCCGGGGCGUCCGGCUGGAGGACGGGGACGCUCUGUUUGUCAACGUGUCCAACGCGUGGAUGCUGGACCCGGAAGGAGAAGGGACGUACUUCGGGGCCAUUAAGUUGGGCAACUGAGAGCGUAACACACAGGGAGCGGACGUGCUACUGAACAUUUAAUAUGCCAAAGAACCACUGAUUUAUGAUGUCCACUUGUCAAAGUGUUUUUAUUGUACACGUUGUUUUUGUUUGUUCUUCACCA